GAAAGGGAUUUGUUUUUGUUUUGUAUUUCUGACGUUUUGGUGGAAUAAUAAAUUGAAAUCGGUAUCAAAAUAAUGAUUUAAAAAGAAAAUGAAUUCAGUGGAAUUAUCGAUUUUACCAGUGCCACACAAUUUCCAGGGGAUGGUGCUGUGAUUGCGUUGAAAGGUGUGAUUUUUCAGGGAUUUUUCCUCAAAAUCUGGGCGUUUCUUUUCGGCUUCACUACGCAAUUUUUCUUUCUCGCGAAACGUCCUCUGCAAUUAAGAUGCCACGAUGCCUCAAGAUGUUCCAUCGUCGACAGAAUGGGAAAAGAUCAUCCCUUGUACUUGCUUUAAUUGCAUUUAUUCUCACCCUAUCUGCGAUAUUGACCCUCAAGAAUGCAUUUCGUACCGGAAAGGAGUGCUACAUACUCCCGGACAUUGGUUUCCGGGAAACAUUUCUCCUGCCGGAUAUUAUGGAAGACAAUAAGACACCAUCCUUUAGUCGAUCAAUCUUCUUUCACGAAACCUCCUGCUCAGAAGAUCAAACGAUCAAGCUCAAUUCGAGACAAGCAUGUGCCAUUGAAUCUGCAGCAAAGAUGAACCCAAAAUGGGAUGUCUUUGUCCUCUUUGCAUCACCUGUUGGAUAUUUCAACAAAACAUCACUACCCCUCAUUGAUGCCCUCGCAUCAUAUGACAACAUUCACUUCCGGAAUGUGAAUCUCUGGGAUUAUGCCAUUGGUACGCCAAUCUACAAUUGGAUUCGAGAUGGACAAAUCUUCUAUUCGUCAUACAUGAAUUCCCAUGUGUCUGAUUUUCUUAGAUACCUCAGCCUCUACAAAUGGGGUGGAACAUACUUGGACCUCGAUGUAAUUGUUAAAGUGAACUUUGACACCGUCCCCUCAAAUUACGCCGGUGCUGAAUCGGAAAAUUAUGUUGCAGCUGGAAUUAUAAAUCUCGAUCAUGAUGGAUUUGGGCAUGAAGUUGCUGAAAUGUGUCUCAGUGACUUCCAGUUGAAUUUCAAUGGGGAAGAUUGGGGCAACAAUGGUCCCGGAGUAAUCACACGCGUCCUGCGUCGUAUUUGCCAAACGGAUCGUCCACUCUUUAUGACACGCGAACGCUGCCGGGGCUUCAAGGUGUUCCCCAUUAGUGCUUUCUACGCCGUUGGAUGGAAGGAUUGGCGACACUUUUUCAGUGAGGCAAAAACCAAAGAAGUUCUCGAGAUGGUGAACAACAAGUCAAUUGUCGUGCACUUCUGGAACAAGCACUCAUCCAAGGAGCGCGUCCGGGUGGGUGAUAAUUCAGCCUAUGGGCAGCUGGCUGAUGAAUACUGCCCCAGAGUCUACAGAGCUAGUGGGGAAUUCUUCUAAAUAAAAGCCACCCCCACACACAGCACAACUUUGAUGCUAAAACAAAUUCCACGAAUCUCAAGGAAUCCUCAAAAUAAUAAAAUAAUAAUGUACAAAAGGGAGCCUCAUAUGGGAAAAAUAUUAAUUUCUCAUUCAAACCACUUAAAAAAAUUCUGAUUUCAUUUUUUUUGCCAUUUUUUUUGUCAUCGUCUCAAUUUAAUUAAUAUAACGAAGCAUAAUACGAAUUUGAUGUGAAUGAUUUUUGCUUUUAGUUUUUUUUUGUUUGUUCGUUGCAUUUUUCAAUUUUGAGAAAAAUAAAGUGAAGGAAAAAAUGUAAAA